CUAGAAGAUGAUCAUCUAAAUGGCAGCGAAGCAAUUUAUACAUUUUUGAGUCCCAGUUCAGAUCAUUUAAAACAAACGAUGCCAUCUCCGAAAAAAUCCAAAUUUUCAUUGUCAACCUUAUUUAAAAGUGAUGCUGCCAAAGCAAAUGAAUUAAAUAAAGCAGCAGAUCCAUUUUGGGGUUUACAUCGUGAUGAGGAAGACAUAUCAACAUAUUUGGAAGGUGACACAGCAGGUGAUGCAAAACUUCUAACUGAUUUAGAUGUUAAAGAUUCUAUAGCUGAACCAUUAUAUGCACUGUUGGGAGAAAUAUUCGAUAUGGGUGGAGUUUUUAAAUGGCUACGAAAGAGUAUGAUUUCGUUUGUACAAAUAACUUAUGGUAGAACAAUUAAUAGGCAAAUACGUGAAUCUGUGAUGGGUCUCUUUGAGGAAUCAAUGCUACAUCAUUAUUUUUCCGCCAUUCUAAAAUCAUUUUGGCCAGGAGGUGUUUUAGCUUCCGCAUAUCCAGUACGUUCUGAUGAUAUGAAAGAGAUGACAACAAAUGCUGCAAAGGCAUUACUAAUGGAUAAUAUACCGGAGGUGCUAUGCAAUUUGGUUGGUGCACAAGCUGCCAAACAUGGUGUGCUAAAAGUCUUUGAUGCUUUACAAAAUCCAAUUUAUAAUAAGCAAUUAUUUUACGAACUACUUGAGAUAUUAAUGAUCGAAUUUUUCCCUGAAAUACGUCAACUUAAAGUGACAGCCAAUGGCAAGACCAUCAAAGUCAAAGCAACUACUACAAAUGCAUUUAACGCAAAUGCUUUAACAUCAACAACAAGUCACAACAGCAAUAAUCAUAAUCACAAUCAUAGUCACAAUCAUCAUCAUCAUUCACAACAGCAACACCAACAACAACACCAACAACAGCAUAUACAAACCCAUUUUGGUACAAGCGGCAGUAGUAAAUAAUGCUCAGAGUAGAUUAUAAAACCUUGUUCUUGAUAUUGAAAUGUUUUUAUAAAAAAAAUUGUAAUGUAAAAUUAUUAGUAAAUAAGUAGAAGAUGCUUUUGAA